UAGAGAGAGAGGAAGAGAGCCUGUUGCUCAUCAUCAUCAGCUAACCUGCUGUAAAACAUCCUUUAUGCUUCACCUCUAAACAUCUUUUAGCCAACAAAAAGCUGCUUGGAUUCAAGAUCACGGUGACAACGUACAGGUGGAGGCUCAGGGAUGAAAGUAGUCCAGUAACCAUGACCCUGCUGGCAGGUGACGGCUCCGACUACGACUACAGCGCCCUGAGCUGCGCCUCUGAUACCUCCUUCGACCCUCCACCCCUGCAGGAGCAGGAGGCCCGUAAGGGAGCUUUCUACAAAAGGGCGCAACCAGUCCCUGGGCUUCCCACCAACGGUGACCCUCCAUUGGUGUCUAACACACGCAAACUCCACGCCAUUAUCAACGUGGGCGGCAUGCGCUACCAGCUGCCUUGGACCACUCUGGAGGACUUCCCUUUGACCCGCCUGGGCCAGCUGCACCUGUGCAACAGCUUUGAUGAGAUCAUGGGCAUUUGCGACGACUACGAUGUCACGCAUAACGAGUUCUUCUUCGACCGCAACCCAUGCGCCUUCCGCACCAUACUGACCUUCCUGCGGGCCGGCAAAUUGCGGUCUCUCAGGGAGAUGUGCGCCCUUUCCUUCAGGGAAGAGUUGCUGUACUGGGGGCUCCCGGAGGACAGCCUGGAGUGGUGCUGUCGCCGGCGCCUGUUACAUCGCUUGGAAGAGUUUGAGGCCAUGGAGCGAGCUGCUGAGAAGGAGGAUCUCCUGCAGGAUCUGUCUGAUUCGGACAGCGGGGGGCGUCCCGCAGAGUCCUGCUUGAGUCGGUUCAUGACCAAGCUGAGGGACAUGGUAGAGCGACCUCACUCUGGACUCCCUGGGAAGAUCUUCGCUUGUUUAUCUGUAUUGUUCGUCACCAUCACUGCUAUCAACCUCUCCAUCAGCACCAUGCCUGCACUGAGGCAGGAGGAAGAAGUGGGCACAUGUUCCGAGAUGUGCUAUAACAUCUUUAUCGUGGAGACGGUAUGCGUGGCCUGGUUCUCCCUGGAGUUCUCCCUGCGUUUCAUCCAGGACCGCUCCAAGCUGACCUUCCUGCGACAACCCCUCAACCUCAUUGACGUGCUCGCCAUCUUGCCCUACUACAUCACACUGCUGGUGGACACCACCUCCAAGGGUGAGAGGCGCCCAGGCAGCAGCUACCUCGACAAGGUGGGCCUGGUGCUGCGUGUGCUACGAGCUUUGCGCAUCUUCUACGUGAUGCGGCUGGCUCGCCACUCGCUGGGCCUGCAGACUCUGGGGCUGACUGCCCGUCGCUGCACGCGCGAGUUCGGCCUGCUCCUGCUCUUCCUUUGCGUGGCCAUCGCCCUCUAUUCGCCACUGCUCUACCUGAUCGAGAACGAAAUGACCGCUACGCAGGAGUUCACCAGCAUCCCUGCCACCUACUGGUGGGCGGUCAUCACCAUGACAACGGUGGGCUACGGCGACAUGGUGCCCCGCAGCAUCCCCGGUCAGGUGGUGGCCCUGAGCAGCAUCCUGAGCGGCAUCCUCCUCAUGGCCUUCCCCGUCACCUCCAUAUUCCACACCUUCUCGCGCUCCUACAUGGAGCUCAAGCAGGAGCAGCAGAGGAUCCUGCAGAGGAGGACGCACUUCCUGCUGCGGGGACACAUGACCGGCCUGGGGAGCAACCUCUCCCUGGAGAGCGACAUGCUCUUCCCCAUCGGGCCGUCCGACACCCGGGACUUGGACGACUGAAACCCUUACCAGACAUGGACAAAAAGGACAAGAGGUCUUCCCGGAGAUGCAGCCUUUCUGAGUAGCAUCAAACCUGUGGACAAACAUGGAAAGAAUAAAUAAUUUAUGUCUGGAUGAAAUACGUUUAACACGGGGUUUACCUUUCAAGUGUCAUUACCAUACAACAAACAUUUUUGGGGGAAAAUAAAAGUAAAACUCACCCAUCAGCCCUGCCAGCUAUAUGAGAAGACAUGCACGUACUGAACACUCAAACAGCACCUGUGCAAUCAAAUGAGAUUCAAUAUAAGAGCUGUACAAAAAAUAUCAAGUCGGCAUUCAGUCCUGCGUUUCACGUGUAUUGACUGAAGUGUCGAGUCAUUUACUGUAUUUAUUUCGCUUUCAACUUUUGUCAUAAACUUCAGGGUUACAGAUGCCAUAUCUGUUCUGCUGAGAGGGGGUUGGGGUGGUUAUGACAUCUACCACGACACAUGAUGGUAUCCGAUAUCAUAGUAAAGGUAAUUCCAGCUACUAUGUGGAGAAAACGCUUGCUUUUAUUUAUCUAUUUGAGGUCCGGCAUUUAUUUGUUCAUCUGCACAAUGAACCCGGUGAUAAAUCUGGGUGAGUGAUCUGUUAGAGUGCAGACCAGUGUUUGAGUAAAUGUGGUAUUUUUGUUAAGUCAGCAAUUUUGAUACAUCUCUUAAAUUGGAUAUCAUCUGAUGUGGGUACAGGUAUACCGAAUGCAUUUUAGUUAUCAAUUAUAACAGCUCAGCAAAAAUGAAAUAGUAACAAUGGUUCCUAUGCUACCUGAGGAUUCGUAUGCAAUUUUUCACUUCUGACGGAGAAUUUACAGAUUACUGUUGUUAUGGUUACUGCUGCCAUUGUUGUACAUCAUUUUUUAGGACUGUCUGCUGGCAGUGGAUUUUGAACUUCUUCAAUACUCUCAUUGUGUUACCACACACUUGAGAUUCAUGUGAACACUGGUCCUUGAGAGAAGUGAAUGUUCUUGCCAAACACUUAUGUGCAGAUCUGGAUAAAGGUGCAAAUUAGUAUUUUUGUGAGACAUUUUUUUCCCCACACUUUGAAUUUUGGAUGUUAUUGACAAACUGAGACUACAAUGUGUAUCUUUGAAAGUGUACAAGAGGGUGCUGAUCCGAUUUGGGAUCGUCUAUGGCCAAUUACAAGACUAUAGUCGGCACAGUGGGCCACGUGCUUAGAUGCUAUGUCUCACAGUCAGAGGUUUAAAUCGUAGGUUUUGGGGGGCAUUUUUGUCUGGAGUUUGCAUGUUCUACCUUUGCUUGUGAGGGAUUUCUACAGGUACUCUAGUUUCUUACAGCAGUCUAAAAACAUGCAUAUUCGGUGUCUUGAAAACUCUAAAUGACCCAUAGAAUGUAAGCACGAUUGGUUGUUAUAUACUGUAUGUACCGUGAUCGACCUGCAACCAGUACAGGGUGUACCCCGCCUCUCACCCAGAGUCAGGUGGGCAAGGCUCUAGCUCACUGCAACUUUGUAUGGCAGAAGCUGUAUCAGAAAUGGAAUGAUGGGUUGAUUACAAGACUAGCGUAACUUUAAAAGUAAUUAAAAAAAAAAGUUAUCAUUUCCAUCAUGACUCUUUGCUGAUGGCUUGGAUAAAUCAUAUGGUUACAUUGCAAAACACUGUAUGAUUCUUUACCCUAUGAUGUGCUUAGUUGCAAUUGUUACAUGUUGUUGCUUUAACUUGUGCAUGCACGGGAAGGCCGGAGUUGACAUUCUGAUGCAGAACUGUGAGGUCGUCUCGAUACAUAGUUUGAAACAAAUGGAACACAAAUUGACCUCCAUCAUACUUACGGACUUGAGCCUGAUGACUGAGUGGGUGCUGGUCUGGAGCAGUUCAGAAAUCACAUUGAGGUGAUCGUUUAGCGAGACGUACUGUCGCUGAACAGCAGAUAGCAGUAUUGUACAAUAUAUGAAUGUAGAGUACAGCACUAUUAAAAAUGAGACA